AUGGCUUCAAAUGAUGAAGAUGAGGUAGAGGGGGCUUGGUAUUUUGGAUCAAAUGCAUACGAUCCAGAGUCAAGCUCCAGUUCCGACGAGGAACCACAAGAAAAUGAUGCACAACAAAUAGAACAGCAACAUCAACGUAAAACAAGGCUUACAAACGACAUGAGGCAUCUCAUUUUACAUGAAAUGUUGUCACUUAAAGUAAGUGACUCACUCCCACAUGGUACAUUCGUACGAAUAGCAAACAAAUACGGUUACACACCAAGAACAAUUCGAAACAUAUGGAAACGUGCAAUUGAAACCAAAGAAGAAAACAAGCCUUAUGUUGUCGAUUCAAAGUACAAGAAUUGUCGAAGAAAAAGAGUUCAAGUGCCACCAAACGUACUUGAAUCUAAACCAAUGGGUGAACGUACAUGCAUAAGAGAUGUUGCAACAUGCUUAGACUUGGCACCAACAACGGUUUGGCGAUUGAUACGAAGGGGGGAGAUUAAGGCACAUUCAAAUCCAUUACACCCUUAUUUAACGGAUGCAAACAAGGCAAGAAGGGUUGAGUGGAUUUUAAGUCUCAUUCAAGAAGAUACAAUUCAUCUUCAUCCAAUGUAUAAAGGUAUGUAUGACUUCAUACAUAUUGAUGAAAAAUGGUUUUACUUAACCAAGAAGACACAAAGAGUUUAUAUAGCACACAAAGAAAAAAUUCCAUAUAGGGCGGGAAAGUCAUCAAAAUUCAUUCCAAAAGCUAUGUUUUUAGGGGCGGUUGCAAGGCCUAGAUGGAAUCGAUAUGGCCAAUGCACAUUUGAUGGGAAAAUCGGAAUUUUUCCUUUCGUAAGUAGGGUUGCAGCACAAAGAAAUUCAAUUAACCGUCCAAGGGGGUCUAUAGAAAUUAAACCAACUGAUUCGGUUACUCAGGAAGUUUAUAGGAGCAUGCUCAUUGAACAAUUAAUUCCAGCAAUUCUAAGAAAAUGGCCAAGUGAUGGUCCAUCGAUAAUUUUCAUCCAACAAGAUAAUGCAAGGGUUCACAUAAAAAAUGAUGAUCCAAUUUGGCAAUGA